GAGUCACGCCUGCGCGUUGGGCCGUCGCACAGCAGAUGCCUGGCAUCUGCCCAUCAUCAUCAGUCGAUAUCUCGCUCCUUCUCCGCUGACAUUCUCUUCACCUUGCAUCAGCUCACAACCCGCUUCAGAGUCCCUCAUACUUACUCAGCACCAUGGCCACCGCAGCUGCCGCAACUAUCAGAACCGUCGAGUGGAGCGAGCUCGCUGCCCACAACACCAGGGACGACCUGUGGAUAGUCGUUGACGGAAAGGUCUACGACUGCACAAAGUUCUUGGACGAGCAUCCUGGAGGCGAGGAGGUUAUCGUCGAGGUCGCCGGCCAGGAUGCCAGCGAGGCCUUCGAGGAGAUUGGACACUCCGAUGACGCACGGCAACUCUUAGAAACUCUUCUCGUCGGACGGUUGCCCGUUUCGGCCAAUCCCUACUCCGCAGCUGCUAAAACCGCUGCCCAUGCUGGAGCAGUCAAGGACGCACUGAAGCCCAAAGCAAAAUCUAGCGGAGCGACCACUCUGUUCAGCUUGGUUCCCAUCGUUGUUGUCAUCGCUUUCGGUGUUUACAAGUACCUGGAGAAGCAGCACAGCCAGGCUUGAAUGCCGAGGCGCUCCGCUCUUGGCCGAGGGCGAACGAGCAGUAUACCUCCUACCUCCAUCACAGUGACAUGACACGGCACAUCAUUUCAAAAGCAUUAUUUACAGAGGACCGGCGUAUGGAAAUCAGCACAUUGGUAGUUCCAUAGUAUGGGUUUAGAAAGAGGACGUCAAGUAGCGCGAUGUUCUCUACGUUGGAUAGAUCAGUAGCGCCGAAUAUGGCCAAGCUUUGUUUGAUCCAAUCUUAUCAGUCAGGAUUUGCGUAGUUUGUUAU